ACAAAAGGGGACCGUGGUCGCCACACGUUCAUCACCCCUUCGCUAUUUAUUUACACUUCACAUUACCCCUUCUCAUUUCCCCAGUGCGAUCGAGUCAUUUGACCCCCAAAUAACAGAGAAGAAAAUUGAGAAUGGCGUCAAUUACUAAUAGCAUAAUUCAAGGUGGGUUUGCAUUAUCUCCAUUGACGGUGAGGCCAAGGCGUAUGGUGGUGGUUCGUGCUGAAGCUAUAAACCCAGAUAUUAAAAAGGACGAACCAAAAGUGGUGGACUCUGUUGUCGUCACUGAACUCUCUAAGCCUCUUACUGCUUACUGCAGGUGUUGGAGGUCUGGAACUUUUCCUCUAUGUGAUGGAAGCCACGUGAAGCACAAUAAGGCAACUGGAGAUAAUGUUGGACCCCUGCUCUUAAAGAAGCAGUAAGCUAGUAAAUGGUUGUGGUAUCGUGUUAGUCUCUAGAUUUUGCAAACUCUUGAGCUCUAUCUACCAUUCGUUGAAAUGAGAUGUUCUUCUUUCCAUGUGAAUGUUCAUUCUAGAAUAAGACUUAUUUGUCCUUUGUCAGCAUUAGCUUUUCUCAUGUUAGAAUCUGAUUCCAUUGUGGUUUGGAUUAUGCUAUAUAGCGAAAACUUGUCAAUGUCAUGAUUCAUGAAACAUGAAUAUUAUUUCCAUACGAGUGUUAGAUGA